AUGGCAGAGUUUAUUAGGCGUAAAGGCUGCGGGGACAAGGCGGAGAGGACAGUCCGCUUUCGCGUGGCAUCAGCGCGCAGUGGACGUGUGCUCAGAGAGGUGUUUCGAGAGGAUGCCAGUUCGGGUUCAGAGUCUGUCGAGUCGGAUACCUCCACCUGCUCAUCUGAACCGGAGCGCUCCGUUUCCCCGGUGACGAGCGAGGCAAACGGGCACUUGAGUGGCCUCGGUUGCAUGGAUCCAGAUGACAGCGGGAGCGAUCAGGAUGAUUUGCUUAUGUACGCCGCCAGUGCGGCACAGGAGGAACUUUUCACUGGAAAACGUAUUAAUAUUUUCAGUAAGAAUGGAACCGUGCGCGGCGUGAGGGAUAAAGUGAGUGCUGGCCAGGUGCUCUUCAAUAACCUCUCCAAAAUAUAUGUGGAUUCUCUCCGUAGCAGCAUGCCACCAAGAGAGGGACCUUAAGGGAGCCAAGGAUACCCAGUAUUUGGGUGACAUGGACGCAGGAUAUCCUAUAGUGACAUCCUAUAUGGCCCUAGACUCAGUCAAACAGGACUUAAAGGCUCUUGGCUUAUGGGACUGUACGGAACAACUGACCACAAGCAGAUGAGCUUUCGCAAUCUGUUGACGUUUUGUAAAUAUUUUAUAUCGGCUUCUCAGUCCGACAGGUUCCUCAUUUAUUACAAUGACUGCACAAAAUAAAAGAUGCCAGCUAUGCUUUUUUAAGAAAGAAAGAAAAAAAAACUUUGUACCAUGGGUAUAUCGUAUCACAGAUACAUGUAUGUUCUUAGUUUGGUGCGGUCAGCAACUGUGCCUCUCUGUUUUUGGAGAUUUUAUUGUGAAAAUCAUGACAGACAUCCAGCUUCUUAUCAUGAUAACGGUGGAUUACCAGUAAAAACCCAGAAGGGCUAUAGUCUGUACUGGCUAAUUGACUCUAUGUCUCAUGGAAGGAUAAUGACUGCCUAACCUUUAAGGAUUAUUCAUUGUGAUACAGUUUUCAAAUCAGUAGACCAUGUAAUUGUGUAAUGAUGUUACUACUAUCCU